GACACAUAAACAACAAUGUCUUAUGCCCCUCCUUUCUGAUGAUUAAAGAGGAAAAUAAGAGCACUUUGUGAAAUUUAUUGUCGCUGAAAUAUACUUGCUGCUCAAAAUGACCGAAACUGAUAUUGCAACUUCAAAACCUUGGUUUUCAACCUCUUCAUGUUCAUCAAAAAGUGAGAAAUUGGCAGAAGCUGAAAAUCGGAUUUUUACCGCACUUGGAAUAAAGUUUUCAUCUGAACUGGUCCAGAUUCCAUUCAAAAACACUGAAAUCAACACAAUUACUGUGAAUUGUGAGAACGAGAGUUCUGAACUAAAAUCAAAAUAUCCAAUUGUUUUGAUUCAUGGAUUUGGAGCUGGAGUUGCUCUUUGGGGAUCUGCCAUUAAGAGGCUUGCACAAUUUCAAAAUGUUUAUGCUAUAGAUCUACCUGGAUUUGGCCGCUCGAGUCGCACAAAAUUCUCAACUGAUCCAGAGACUGCUGAAAAGGAAAUGAUUGAAGCAAUCGAGCAAUGGAGAGUUAAAAUGAAUUUGGAAAAGAUGAAUCUGGUUGGUCACUCAUUUGGUGGAUACCUCUCCACAUCUUACGCCCUCAAGUAUCCUAAACGAAUAGAAAACCUAAUACUUGCUGAUCCAUGGGGGUUCACAGAUGUGGACCCGAGUUUUUUGGAAAAGUUGACGAAACGGCAAAAAGCUCUGUUUUGGGUUAUUCUGAAGUUUAAUCCACUUGCUGCUCUAAGACUCGUUGGUGGAUAUGGCCCAUCUCUUAUGAAGCGUCUACGCCCGGAUCUAGAACAAAAAUACUCUGAAGAUGUGUAUGACUACAUUUACCUAGCUAACUCGGGAAAUCCAACAGGAGAAAUAAUUUUCAAAAGCUUGUCAGAGAAUUUACGAUGGGCAAAGAACCCAAUGAGCAAAAGAUUCCACGAGUUAGAUAAAACCGUUCCUGUAAAAUUUAUUCACGGAGGAAUGAGCUGGGUGGAUUGGAAAACCACUAGGGAAAUGUUUGGAAGUAUGGAUCAUGUAGAGUCACAUAUCAUAGAAGGAGCCGGCCACCAUGUCUACGCAGACGAUACUGAUCGAUUUGUGGAGCUCGUCAUAGGAUCUUUGAAGGAUGGAAAGACUGGAGAUCUGGUGCCAGAAGAAGUGAAUUUGGAAGAAGAUAUUGUGACUCCACUGUAGAAUUUCUAAUUAUACCUCAUUUUGAAGAAUUAUCACGGGUUCUUUGUCAGAAUCCAGUUGGCAGUUAAUGUUUUAGUUUCCCACUGAAAUCACCCCGUUUCCCCUUAAAAAUAGUUCCAGUGACUCUUUUCAUUGUUGAUAACCUGAAUAUCUUUAAAAAAACGCGGCCGUUUUCCGAAAAUAAAUUAUUUCAUUCAUAAAA